UUACUAGCUCACAUGAAAAGCCUUCUUUCCACUCUCAAGAUGAUUGUACUGGCUAGUUGUGUCUUGUAAUAUGCUGCUAGCUAGCCUUCUAUUUCAGGUGUAAGAUAUGAAAAACCCACCAUGCUUCAUCUCCUACUGUGUCUAUAUCUGCACAAGAAAUUAAUAAACCCUACAAAUUAAGAACUGUAAGAGAAGUCAGAUGGCAACUUUAAGUUGCUCCCCCCUGAGUUUUCUGCUGCUAGCAGCUCUUGUUUCCACCUUGUUUUUUGUUUGCUUAUCUCCCUUCAAUUACCAAACUAUCAAAGUUUCUAGCCGUUUGUCGUCUUUUUAUACAUAUAAUUAUACUUUUGAAAGGCUUCAACCUCUUCCCUCACCAGUUGCACUGCAACCACCACCGAACACCACUGUUGGAGAUGAUCAAGAAAUCACUAAUUGGAGGAACAAAGGAAAGAUUUCUGAAAGGCUCCAACCAUCACCAGCACCAAUUUCAUUGCCAGUGCAGAACAGUUCUGUAGUUUUUAGCGGCCCCGGCAUUCCAGUAAUUACCAGGCAUGAAAAGAAAAUUAAGACAGGUUUUGAGAGAAUUGAAGAAGGCUUAGCUAUAGCAAGAGCAGCUAUUUACAAAGCAGUUCGGUCGCAAAACUCGUCAUCAUACAAGAAGGGGAGCUACGUUCCCAGAGGAGCCAUGUACAGAAACCAAUAUGCUUUUCAUCAGAGUUACGAAGAAAUGGAGAAAAGAUUCAAGGUGUGGAUUUACAAGGAAGGGGAGCUGCCAGUCGUCCAUGGUGGGCCAGUGAACGACAUCUACAGCAUUGAAGGGCAGUUUCUUGAUGAAAUGGAGAGCGGCAAAAGCCAGUUUAUUGCUCGCCAUCCUGAGGAAGCACAGGCUUUUCUACUCCCCGUAAGUGUGGCCUAUAUCAUCCACUACGUCUACAGGCCUCGGAUUACCUUCUCUCGAGAUCAACUCCAGCGUUUGGUCACAGAUUAUGUUCGUGUUAUAGCUGAUAAGCACCCCUACUGGAAUAGAACCCACGGAGCUGAUCAUUUCUCCGUUUCUUGCCAUGAUUGGAAGAGACCAACGGAUGUAUCAAUCAAGGACACUGCUGGGCAUCCAUAUAACCAGCAUCAACAAGAACCUUCUCCCUCUUACCUAAAUAGAGCACCAGAUGUCUCAAGGGCCGAUCCUGGACUCUUCAAGUACUUCAUCAGAGCCCUUUGCAAUGCCAAUACAUCUGAAGGGUUUCAGCCCCAAAGAGAUGUCUCGAUACCAGAAAUCUUCCUUCCUGUUGGCAAGCUCGGACCACCCCAGGAAUACGCUCAGCCCCCGAGUAAGCGUUCAAUCCUUGCCUUCUUUGCGGGUGGAGCUCAUGGUCAUAUAAGGAAGAUCUUAUUGGAACGCUGGAAAGAAAAGGAUGAUGAGAUCCAAGUCCAUGAGUACCUUACUCGAAAGAACAAAAAAAACAGUAAUCUUUACUUUGAAUUAAUGGGUCAAAGCAAGUUUUGCUUGUGCCCAAGCGGGCAUGAAGUAGCGAGUCCUAGAGUGGUAACAGCAAUUCAAUUGGGAUGUGUUCCUGUGACCAUCUCCGAUAACUAUUCAUUGCCAUUUAGUGAUGUUCUUGAUUGGAGCAAGUUCUCCGUUGACAUUCCGUCGGAAAAGAUACCUGAUAUUAAGAUAAUUUUGAAAGGAAUUUCGGUUCGACGGUAUCUUACAAUGCAAAGAAGAGUGAUGCAAAUUCGAAGACAUUUCACGUUGAAUCGACCUGCUCAGCCGUAUGACAUGCUUCAUAUGAUACUUCAUUCUGUAUGGUUAAGGAGGCUUGAUGUCAAGCUUCCAUGAUUGAUUUGAUCAAAGGACUCAAAACCCCUUCUUCUUUUUUGUUUUUUGUACAUGUCAUGUCAUACCCCUUUCUAAAUUAGUGAAAUCUUUUCAUUCCCAUUUGUGCCAUGAACUUUCUUUUGGAGGCUACUGUCAUCCACACAAGGCAUGACAUAAGCAUCGCUUUUAAAUUUAUUAGAGAAACUCCAUUGGUUGUUGAAGUA